AUGACUGAGACCGGCCUACCCCCAGACUGGGAAGUCCGCCAUUCCAACUCCAAGAACCUCCCGUACUACUUCAAUCAGAAGACCCACGAGUCCAGAUGGGAACCUCCAGAGGAUGCCGACACCGACAAACUCAAGGUUUAUAUGGCUCAACACCAUAGUUCUGCCAACACCCGCAUCGAUAGUGCUGGUGCCGCCGAAGGAAAGAUUCGUGCGGCACAUCUCCUCGUCAAACACAAGGACAGUCGUCGACCCUCUAGCUGGAGAGAGACCAACAUCACCCGCUCAAAAGAUGAGGCGAUUGAGAUGUUGAAAGGUUACGAGGACCAAAUCCGCUCCGGCCAGAAGACACUGGGUGACCUCGCUGUCUCUGAAUCUGAUUGCAGCAGCGCCCGCAAGCGUGGAGACUUGGGCUUCUUCGGCAAAGGCCAAAUGCAGAAAGAGUUUGAGGAUGCCGCCUUCGCCUUGCAGCCAGGCGAGAUGAGUGGCGUGGUUGAAACCGCCUCAGGAGUACAUCUUAUCCAACGGUAA